CUGCAUAAUUAUUGCGCAGCCUUGACACAGAGAAUGUCUCCGUCUGUUUGUUUCCGGCACCUCUCUGAGUUGGAGCUUUAUUAUUGUCUUGAACAAGCAAAUGAUUUAAACUGCACACUUUCCUGGAAUAAACAGAUUUUCAGCAUAAUUAUCAGCUGUCAAGUGGAGUGAUAGCGAGGAUGAGUUCAGAUGGAGGGAAGCCAGUGAAGGUGGGCUCUCUGGUGGAGGUGAUUGGUAAAGGACAGCGUGGCACUGUGGCAUACGUUGGUGCAACACUCUUCGCCUCAGGGAAAUGGGUCGGCGUCAUCCUGGACGAGCCAAAGGGCAAAAACGAUGGCACUGUGCAGGGCAAGGCCUACUUCACCUGCAAGGAGAAUCAUGGGAUAUUCGUCCGCCAGUCUCAGAUCCAGCUGAUUGAAGACGGAGGAAGCUCAGCUACUUCACCUGACACGCCCGAGUCAGGCAUCGCCAAAGUGCCUCGGAAAGCUGUUUCGGAAAUUGCAGAAACACCUGGAAAAGGAAGCAGACAGAUGUUUUAUCAUGCGAUCAAUCGUUCAGCUUUAAAAGGUCUUUAUAAGACGAACAGAACCUCCUUCGGAUCACCAUCGGUAGAAAAGACUCCAACUACAAAGAAGGCCGUCGUGCGCCGUAGCGCCAAGUGGAAUACUCUGGGACGACUCUCCUACUCCAGCUCCCUCCCCUCCCUUGUAAUGACUGGCCGUCCCUCUGUUGCUGGAUCUGAUCUAUCAGGAUCAGUCUUGGUGGAGAGCGACCAGGCCGCUCCUUCCCAGACUGCACUGGGGGCUCCCAUGAUGCCACAGCCCAGCAGGACCUCUAGUGAGCUGCCCAGCAGCCCUGCUCCAUCUAUCUCCAGCAAAGAGGAGGAAGCUCUGCGUGGUCAGGUGAAGGAUUUGGAGGAGAAGUUGGAGACGCUCCGUAUGAAGCGGACAGAGGACAAAGCAAAGCUGAAGGAACUCGAGAAGCACAAAAUCCAGCUGGAGCAGCUGCAGGAGUGGAAGAGCAAAAUGCAGGAGCAGCAGAACGAGCUGCAGAAACAACUCAAAGAAGCCAAGAAGGAAGCACGUGAGGCUCAUGAAGCUAAAGACCGUUACAUGGAAGAGAUGGCAGACACGGCAGACGCGAUCGAGAUGGCCACUCUGGAUAAAGAAAUGGCCGAGGAAAGGGCGGAGUCUCUGCAGCAAGAGGUGGAGAGUCUGAAGGAGAAAGUGGAGGAGUUAACCAUGGACCUGGAGAUCCUUAAACAUGAGAUUGAAGAAAAAGGUUCCGACGGUGCGGCUUCCAGUUAUCAGGUGAAACAGCUGGAGGAGCAGAAUGCACGACUGAAAGAGGCGCUGGUCAGGAUGCGUGACCUGUCAUCAUCUGAGAAGCAGGAGCACGUGAAGCUGCAGAAGCAGAUGGAGAAGAAGAACUCUGAGCUUGAGACGCUGCGAGUGCAGAAGCAGAAACUACAAGAGGAGAUGAAGCAGGCCGAGGCCACGAUCGAUGAGCUUAAAGAGCAGGUGGAUGCCGCACUGGGAGCAGAAGAGAUGGUGGAAACUCUGACUGAGAGAAAUCUGGAUCUGGAGGAGAAAGUGAGAGAGCUCAGAGAGACCGUCAUUGAUUUGGAAGCAAUAAAUGAGAUGAACGAUGAGCUGCAGGAGAAUGCGCGAGAAACGGAGCUUGAGCUGCGCGAGCAGUUGGACUUGGCAGGAGCUCGAGUCCGUGAAGCCAACAAGAGAGUGGAAGCAGCUCAGGAGACUGUAGCUGAUUAUCAGCAGACCAUCAACAAAUACAGGGAACUCACUACUCACCUACAGGAAGUAAACCGAGAGCUGACCAAUCAGCAGAGUGCCACUGCCGAGCAGCUCCAGCAGCCUCCCGCUGAGCUUUUUGACUUCAAAAUCAAAUUCGCUGAGACCAAAGCUUAUGCCAAGGCCAUUGAGAUGGAGCUGCGUAAGAUGGAGGUCCAGCAGGCGAACAGACAAGUGUCACUGCUUACGUCAUUCAUGCCCGACUCCUUCUUGAGGCACGGAGGAGAUCAUGACUGCAUCCUGGUGCUGCUACUCAUCCCCAGACUCAUCUGUAAGGCAGAGUUAAUCAGUAAGCAGGCUGAGGAGAAGUUUGAACUAAACGAGAACAUUACAGAGCGCAGUGGGCUACGUGGAUCAGCUGGGGAGCAGCUUAGCUUCGCCUCGGGCAUUGUGUAUUCCCUCACAAUGCUACAGGCUACACUGCACAAAUACGAGCAGGCACUAAACCAGUGCAGCGUGGAUGUGUUUAAGCGGAUGGGGACUCUGCACUCUGAAAUGAGCGUACACGAGCGCUCUCUCGACUUCCUCAUCGAGCUACUGCAUAAAGAUCAGCUAGAUGAGACGGUGCAAGUGGAGCCUCUUACCAAGGCCAUCAAAUACUACCAGCAUCUGUACAGCAUCCACCUGGCCGACCAACCCGAAGACUGCACCGUGCAGCUGGCAGAUCACAUCAAGUUUGUCCAGAGUGCCCUGGACUGUAUGGGGGCAGAGCUUGGGCGCCUACGUUCCUUCCUGCAACCUGGGCAAGAAGGGGCGGAGUUUAUGGUGCUGCUGAAGGACCUGGAGACUUCCUGUGGAGACAUUCAUCAGUUCUGUAAGAAAAUCCGCAGGAGGAUGCCUGGGACUGAUGCUCCCGGGAUACCUGCCGCACUCUCUUACUCUCCUCAGGUGGGCGAGGCCCUGGCGGAAAGCAGGAAGCAGCUGAGUUGUGUAGUUGCAGUGCUCCAGGAGACAGCAGCAACAGGAGCUCAGCUCAUUGCUACCCUUUCAGAGCAGGAGGGGCUCAGCGCACACACGCUCCAGGAUGAAAUCUUUAAAGCAUUGGAGCAGAUUUACGGCCCUCACGGACAGAACCUGCGCGAGUGCCUGCACCAGUCUUGCGCCGGCGUCAUAGCAACCAUGAACAAGAUGGCCACUGCCAUGCAAGAAGGAGAGUAUGAUUCGGAGAAACCGCAACGUGUGACUCCUCCUGUAGAGUUGCGUUCCACUGCUCUGAGAGCCGAGAUCACAGAUGCUGAAGGACUCGGCCUUAAACUGGAGGACAGAGAGACAGUCAUUAAAGAACUUAAGAAGUCCCUGAAGAUCAAGGGGGAGGAGUUAAGUGAGGCAAACGUGCGUCUGAGUUUGCUGGAGAAGAAGUUGGACACGUCUACUAAAGAUGCAGACGAAAGAGUGGAGAAGAUCCAGACCAAACUAGACGAGACAAACGCACUGCUGAAGAAAAAAGAGAAAGAGUUUGAGGAAACCAUGGAUGCACUGCAGGCUGAUAUUGACCAGUUGGAGGCAGAGAAGGCAGAGCUUAAACAGAGGCUCAACAGCCAAUCACGGAUGACUAUCGAAGGGCUGCGUGGAACACCAGCAUCUGGCAUCGCCUCCAUUGUCACAGGGGGCAAUACAGGAGGCGUAGUGUCCGGUAUCGCGAGUGUACCAGGUACCGUGCAAGUGGUGGAUUCUCCUCUUCUGAAGCAACAAAUGGAUGUUCAGAGGCUUGCAAUCAAACACCUGAAGAAUGAAAACUACAGACUCAAGGCUGAGAAGAUGAAGACUCAGCUGGCGUCUCUUCCUCCUUUGAGCGUGCCCAACAUGACUGGUGUGAUGAAGGACGGUUCACUGAAUGAUGGUAUUUCUGGAACUCUGUACCGGAGAACGGACCUGCUGCUGAGCAACCUGCUCAAAAUGAGCGCCGGUGUCAAAGUGGUGGAUAUCACAGGAAAAACACCUGUAAGUGCCAGCGCUCAACUGUUAGAGCAGACGGCUAGACUGCAGUCUCUGAGUGAUGCACUAGACAAACUAAAGAAUGAAGUAUCAGAGCAUGUAGUAAGCCAACAGGUGGGAGCUCGAGUUCGCUCUGAUUUCGCCACGUUCCCUUCAUCCACGUUCAUCAAGGCGGAAGGGGAGAAGAAGUACGGCACCGUUCUGGUAGGUAAAGUGAUGAUCCCUUGUGCUCGCGGUAAAGAACAAACCCACUCUCUGGUCCUGUCGCAGCAUCAGCUUCAGCACGUGCACCAGCUCCUCAUGACCUAAUCACUUCAUUUCUUUGGAACAACUCAGUCAAGAAAAAAAAAAACUUCUCUACCUAUCAGAGGCACCCUUUCGCAGCACUUCCUGUUUUCUCUCAGGAACUUCAGUCCAGGCUUUCAUACUUCUUCUGUCUUUCCAAACCAAAGAGAAUCACCUCUGUUCAAUAGCUUCAGGUUAUUCAAGGUCUGAGGACGUUCAGGCUCGGCUCGUACAAACCGUUCAUUUUGUACUCCGUCGUUAUUUUUUUGAACGAUUUCAAUUUGUACCUCAAAGUCAAAUGAAAUUGCAAAUUUGUUAAAACACUACCACUAUAAAGUAUUCCUACUUCUUACCCGCUCUGACGACUUUGGACGUCGUUUUCUCCUCGAAUACAGAGUAUUCAGAGAUCAUUAUGCAAUUUUUAACAUGAGUCGUUAAGAAACAAAUGAAAUCUGGUUUAGAUUUAAGCGACAAAAUAUCGAAUAAGUGAAUCUAGAUGGGUAAAAGCGGUCUGUAGUUUAUUCAUGGUUGUAAUUCUGAAUGCAAGUUACAUGAAAACAAAGUAUAUGCAGAUUUAUGCAAAUGUUUGUGUCUGUUAGUAAUUCUGAAUAUCACGCCUUUUUAAAAUGCUCGCUCACUUUAGAAUAGUAUUCACAUAUUUUGAUACGAUCUUAAUACCAGAGCCAAGUGCUAUCCGAAUACCGAUUUGUCAUUAAUAAUCGCAAGCAUCCUGCUUCCUUUUGUUCCCUUUCAGUUCUUCAUAAAUAAAGAGGAACACUAAAUUAACUGUUUAAGAUGCUGAUUAAAAAAAAGAAAAGAA